ACAGGGAGAGCCGCCACAGCAAAGCUUACUGAAUUCGUAGCUCACGUAUAUACGACUUGUCUUUUUCGAUCAGCGCUUCGUUUCUCCACAAAACUGAGAUCUGAGGAAGGUAAGGAACGUCUUGGAUCGCCAUCGACGUCGCACUGCGCAAGAUAGGAGGCUGGAUUGAACGGCGCUUGUUAGUCCGGUGAUUUAGGGCACGCGAAAAUGAAGUUUGCCUGGUUGGCGCUGUGCACGCUCUGCAACGGCGCUCAGGCUUGGUUCGGUGCCUCCAUGCGAAGGCUCUACAACGGGCCGGACAGCAUCUCCAGAUCAACUCCACAGCUGGACGACGUAGGCGAACCACUCUUCCUGACUCCGCUCAUCGAGGCGGGCCUGCUGAGUGAGGCGCGAUACCUCAGCCGUGUCGGUUCGCUUGGGGACGUGCACUACUUCCCAAGUCAUUCAGGAUUCCUCACAGUCAACAAGACAUACAACAGUAACCUGUUCUUUUGGUUCUUCCCAGCCGAGGAGAACCCAGAAAAGGCACCCGUGGUUCUGUGGCUUCAAGGCGGACCGGGUGCUUCCUCACUGUUUGGACUGUUCGUGGAGCAUGGACCAUACCUGGUGGCUAAGGGAGGCGUACCAGAGUUUCGCAACACCACGUGGGCUAAGCGUUACUCCAUGCUGUACAUCGACAACCCGGUCGGGGCCGGCUUCAGCUUCACCCAGGACGACCGGGGCUACGCUCGCAACGAGGACGACGUCGGCCGGGACCUGCACGAGGCCCUGCAGCAGUUCUUCACGCUCUUUGACGAGUACGCAUCUAAUGACUUCUACGCAACGGGAGAAUCAUACGCAGGUAAAUACGUGCCGGCCAUCGCACACGCCAUCGACACAGCCGUGGCACCCAGAGUCAAGAUCAACUUGCGUGGCAUUGCCAUAGGAGACGGAAUGGUCGAUCCGGAGACCAUGCUCAAUUUCGCCGAUUUCCUCUACCAGGUCGGCCUGGCAGACCGACGACAAGCCGACUACAUUCGCGCCGAGACUACCCAGGCCGCCAACUACAUCAAGCAAGGACGUUACCUGGACGCGUUUUUCAUCUUCGACGAGUUAAUAAACAUCGACGCUCUAUAUCAGCCAUCAUACUUCAAGAACAUAACAGGUUCAGAUUCGCACUAUAACUUCCUCUUGUCCAACAAUCCCGAGUUCUUCGACUAUUACCAAGCCUUCGUGGACACCCCGGAAGUCCGCAAGGCCAUUCACGUGGGGAACCUGACCUUCAACAACGGAGAAGCCACCGAGAAGCAUCUUCGGGAGGACAUCAUGCAGUCCGUCAAGCCGUGGCUCGCCUCGCUCAUGGACAAGCCGCAGUACAAGGUGCUCAUAUACAACGGCCAACUGGAUGUCAUAAUCGCGUACCCCCUGACGGAUAACUUCGUCAACAGCAUCCCGUGGUCGGGCAAGGAAGCUUUCGACAAGGCGGAACGUAAGAUUUGGAAGGGACCAGGCGGAAACGGUGUCGCGGGUUACGUUCGCAAAGUAUCAAACUUCACGCAAGUUCUUGUUAGGAACGCCGGUCACAUUUUGCCCUACGACCAGCCUGAGGUUGCGCUCGACCUUAUCACACGAUUCAUCGAUGAUAAGCCCUUUGUUGCUUGAUAUAUCCCUCCAUGCAUCAAGAAUGGGUGGAACAGAGUAUUUAUUCGGUUAUGUGGUA